UCCUCCUCCGCAGAGGCGCGGGCACAGCGAAGGGAGGAGGAGGAGGAGAGAUCCGCUGAGUCCCAGGGCACACAGGGUUGGUGGCAGUCGAGACGGAGCAGACGAAUUGUCGCACCACCACCACCACCACUGUUGUCCACCACGCCUGUGCCAAGCUCGGGGUUUGGUAGUUGUUGCUGUUGUUGCUGCUGGUGGUGCUGGUAGACAGUGGUUGUUUGGUGGUGGAGGUAUUGGUGUUGCGGGAGGUAGUUGGUGGUGAGUAGGUGUGGUGGAGGUGUGGUGGAGGUGGUUAUCUGCCGUGGUGGUCGUAGUGCUGUUGGAGGAGGAGUAGGUCACGGUGUGUGGAGGUGUUGGUGAUAGUGGUGGGGAGGUAGUAGUUGUGGUGGGUGGUGGUGGUGGUGGGUGGUGGUGUUGGGACCCAAGCCCGACCGAAGGAGAGGAAAGGGCGCGGCUUUGCAAACCAUCGCCGGCCGUCAACCCCGAGGGGAGGCAAGACACGGCCGAGAUCAGAGUUUGGCUCGACCCACGAGGACGACGACGACGAGGAGGAGGAGGGAGCUGGUGGAGGUGGACACCAACAACAACAACUCGCCCUCGACCAGCCUCCCGAUCGCCCCCCGGAUUUCGUGUUCAAAACUUUCUCGAUUGAGCGGUGUAGCGAGCACACGCAGCCAUCAUGGUGGCACUCUCGCUCAAGAUCUGUGUGCGCCACUGCAACGUGGUGAAGACGAUGCAGUUUGAGCCAUCCACGGUCGUGUACGACGCUUGCCGCAUUAUUCGCGAGCGCGUCCCGGAGGCACAGGAUGGCCAGCCUACUGACUACGGCCUCUUCUUGUCGGACGAGGACUCGAAGAAGGGGAUUUGGCUGGAAUCCGGCCGGAGUCUCGACUACUACAUGCUGAGAGAUGGCGAUCUGCUCGAGUACCGCAAGAAGCAGCGACCCCUCAAGGUGCGCAUGCUGGAUGGCACCAUCAAGACGGCAAUGGUGGACGACUCCAAGACCGUGGGGGAUAUGCUGCUCGCUGUCUGCGCCAGGAUCGGCAUCACCAACUACGAGGAGUAUUCGCUGGUGCGAGAGGUGGCGGAGGAGAAGGCGAUGGAUGGCACGGGGACGCUGAAGAAGGACCGCUCACUCCUGCGCGACGAGAAGAAGAUGGAGAAGCUCAAGCAGAAGCUCCACACCGACGAUGACAUGAACUGGCUGGACCACGGGCGCACGCUGCGCGAGCAGGGCGUGGAGGACGUCGAGACUCUGCUGCUGCGACGCAAGUUCUUCUACUCGGACCAGAACGUGGACUCGCGUGACCCCGUGCAGCUCAACCUUCUCUACGUGCAGGCUCGGGAUGACAUCCUCAACGGUUCGCACCCCGUGUCGUUUGAGAUGGCGUGCGAGUUUGCCGGGUACCAGGCUCAGAUUCAGUUUGGGCCGCACAACGAGCUCAAACACAAACCGGGAUUCCUUGACUUGAAGGAAUUCCUGCCAAAAGAGUACGUGAAGCAGCGAGGAGCGGAAAAGAGGCUCUUUCAGGAGCACAAGAAAUGCGAAUCAAUGACGGAGAUUGAGGCCAAGGUGCGCUACGUACGGCAGGCACGAUCGCUCAAGACCUACGGCGUGUCCUUCUUCCUCGUCAAGGAGAAGAUGAAGGGCAAGAACAAGCUGGUGCCACGGCUGUUCGGCAUCACCAAAGAGUCGGUGAUGCGCGUGGAUGAGAGGACCAAGGAGGUGAUACAGGAGUGGCCGCUGACCACGGUCAAACGUUGGGCCGCUUCGCCGAAGAGCUUCACCUUGGAUUUUGGGGAUUACAGUGACGGCUACUACUCUGUGCAGACGACAGAAGGGGAGCAGAUUGCUCAGCUUAUCGCUGGCUACAUCGACAUCAUCCUCAAGAAGAAAAAAAGCAAGGAUCGCUUCGGCACCGAGGGAGACGAAGAGUCGACCAUGCUGGAGGACUCGGUCUCCCCAAAAAAAUCCACCGUCAUCCAGACAAACUGCAACCCCAUGGGCAUGGCGGAGCACGGCUCCGUGGCCCUGCCCGCAGUAAUGCGGGGCAUCGGUGGACCCGAGAGCCUGGGCCGUGGCGUCAUGCCCGGCGCUAACAAGGUCAUCACUAGUGGUGCGAUGCACCGUGGGCAUCUGCCACCCAUGUCAACAAAUCAGCAAGCGUUGAUGGGCACCAUCACGUCAAGCAUGCAGGCCGUGCAGCAGGCCGGCAGCAGCCUGGAUGAAAUGGACGCGUUGCCCCCGCUCGGGCAAGACAAGGCAUCCAAGGCCUGGCGUCAGUACAAGAUGGACCAGGCAAAGCAUGAGAUCCAUUCACAAGUGGAUGCUAUAAAUGCCAGCACUGCCUCCUGCAUCAACCUUACAUCCGGCGACGCAGCCGACACGGACUACACGGCGGUGGGCUGCGCCGUGGUGACGAUCUCGUCGAACCUGACGGAGAUGUCUCGCGGCGUUCGUCUGCUCGCGGCGCUCACGGAGGAGGAGGGCGGCGAUGGCAGGGCCCUGCUGCAAGCGGCGCGCGGCCUCAUCGACUGCAUCUCCGACCUGCUCAAGACCGUGCAGCCGUCGUCCACAGAGCCUCGCCAGGCGGUGCUCACAGCGGCCAGCACCGUUGGGCGGUCGAGCAACAACCUCCUCAAGCAGAUUGGCCAGCAAGGUGUGGACCAGCAGUUCCAGGACGUGCUGAACCAGCUGGCCAAAGCGGUCGCCAAUGCAGCCGCUGGCCUGGUGCUCAAGGCCAAGACGGUUGCCCAGAAGGCGGACGACCAAGCCCUGCAAAACCAAGUGAUCGCUGCGGCGACGCAGUGCGCGCUGUCCACGUCCCAGCUCGUUGCCUGCACCAAGGUGGUGGGCCCCACCAUGGACUCGCCCGUGUGCCAAGAGCAGCUGAUGGAGUCGGGGAAGCUGGUGGCACGUGCCGUCGAGGGCUGCGUGCGCUCGUCGCAGGAGGCCACCAAGGACGACGAGCUGCUCCGCCAGGUCGGCGGCGCUGCUGGCGCCGUCACGCAGGCGCUCGACGCGCUGCUGCAGCACGUCAAGCUGCUGGCGUCGGGCGGGCACGGCAUGGGCCGCUACGAUUGCGCCACCGACACCAUCAUCACCGCCACCGAGAGCAUCUUCAGCUCAACCGGCAACGCAGGUGAAAUGGUGAAGCAGGCUCGGCUGCUGGCCCAGGCCACGUCUGACCUCAUCAACGCGAUCAAGGUGGACGCGGAGGCCGAAGGAGACCAGGAGAACUCGCGUAAACUCCUCGCGGCCGCCAAGUACCUGGCUGAUGCCACCGCCAAGAUGGUCGAGGCUGCGAAGGGCGCAGCUGCGAACCCGGAGAGCGAGGAGCAGCAGCAGCGGCUGCAGGAGGCUGCGGAGGGGCUGCGCGUCGCCACCAACAUCGCCGCCCAGAACGCCAUCCGCAAGAAGCUGGUGCACCGGCUGGAGGUGGCUGCGAGGCAGGCUGCGGCGGCCGCCAGCCAGGCCAUCGCCGCCGCCACGCAAGCGGCCGCCUCCAACAAGAACCCCGCCAAUCAGCAGCAGCUCGUCAGCUGUAGCAAGAACGUGGCGGACCAUGUCCCGCAGCUGGUACAGGGUUGGCGUGGGAGCCAGAGCCAGCCCGACAGCCCCAGCGCACAGCUGGCCCUCAUCACUGCCAGUCACAACUUCCUGCAGCCGGGUACUAAGAUGGUGGCAGCCGCCAAAGCGUCGGUUCCGACCGUGACGGACCAGGCCUCGUCCAUGCAGCUGGGCCAGUGCGCCAAGAACCUGGCCACUUGCCUCGCCGAGCUGCGCACAGCUGCACAGAAGGCCCAGGAUGCGUGCGGAACACUGGAGAUCGACUCGGCCCUUGACCUCGUCCGCUCGCUCGAGGCCGAGCUACAGGAGGCGAAGGUGGCGGCCGCCGACGGGAAACUUCACCCACUACCCGGCGAGACGCUGGAGAAGUGUGCGCAGGACCUGGGAGCCACCUCCAAGACGGUGGGCUCCUCCAUGGCACAGGUGAUGACGGCAGCUUCCCAGGGCAACGAGAACUACACAGGCAUCGCGGCGCGCGACACGGCGCAGGCCCUCAAGCAGCUGGCGGCAGCGGCGAGAGGCCUGGCCGCCAACUCGGCCGACAAGCCGACGCAGGAGGCCGUGUUGGAGUCUGCGCGCGACCUCAUGGACAAGGCGUCGCUCUUCAUCCAGGAGGCGAAGAAGGCCGUGGUGCGGCCCGGGGACCCCAUCAACCAGCAGAGGCUGGCCCAGGUGGCCAAGGCGGUGUCUGGCGCGCUGGGCAAGUGCGUAGGCUGCCUGCCCGGGCAGCAGGACGUCGACACGGCUCUGCGUAGCCUCGCCGACCAGAGCAAGAAGCUGCUGUCCGACACGAUCCCGCGCAGCGGCAGCAGUUUCCAGGAGGCGCAGGGCAACCUGAACGACGCGGCGGCUGGGCUCAACCUGUCGGCCAGCGAGCUGGUGCAGGCCUCGCGCGGCUCCAGCCAGGAGCUCUCCUCCGCCUCGCGCAAGUUCGGCAACGACUUCUCGCGCUUCUUGGAUGCCGGAAUCGACAUGGCCGGGCAGGCAAAGACGAAGGAGGACCAAGUGCAGGUGGUGGGCAACCUGAAGAGUAUCUCCAUGUCGUCGUCCAAGCUGCUGCUGGCAGCCAAGGCCCUCUGCGUCGACCCCAACGCCCCGAACGCCAAGAACCAGCUGGCAGCUGCUGCACGUGCUGUGACGGACAGCAUCAACCAGCUGAUCACCAUGUGCACGCAGCAGGCACCGGGCCAGAACGAGUGCGACAACGCCCUGCGCGAGCUCGAGACGGUCAAGGGCAUGCUGGACAACCCAAGCGAGCCUGUCAACGACCUCUCUUACUUCGAGUGCAUCGACAGUUUGAUGGAAAAUUCCAAGGUUCUGGGUGAGGCCAUGCAGGGAGUCUCUCAGAACGCUAAGACGAGCAACCUGCCUGCAUUUGGGGAGGCCAUCAGCUCGGCCUCCAAGGCCCUCUGUGGGCUCACAGAGGCCGCUUCACAGUCCGCGUACCUCGUCGGCGUGUCCGACCCCAACAGCCAGGCGGGACAACCGGGCCUUGUGGACCCGGGCCAGUUUGCCCGCGCCAACCAGGCCAUCCAGAUGGCCUGCCAGAACCUGGUGGACCCCGCCAGCAACCAGUCUCAGGUGCUGUCGGCGGCUACCAUCGUGGCGAAACACACGUCGGCGCUGUGCAAUGCCUGCCGCCUGGCAUCGUCCAAGACCUCCAACCCCGUGGCCAAGCGGCACUUUGUGCAGUCGGCAAAGGAGGUGGCCAACAGCACUGCCAACCUCGUCAAGACCAUCAAGGCACUGGACGGAGAUUUCUCGGACGGGAACCGGGAGAAGUGCCGUGCCUCCACGGUGCCGCUCAUCGAGGCCGUGGAGAACUUGACGACGUUCGCCUCCAACCCCGAGUUCUCCAGCAUCCCCGCGUCCAUCAGCGAAGAGGGUCGCCGUGCUCAAGAACCCAUUGUGGCUGCCGGCAAGACGAUGCUGGACAGCUCGUCAGCACUGAUCGGCACGGCGCGCUCGCUCGCCGUAAACCCCAAGGACCCACCGACCUGGUCCAAGCUGGCCGGCCAUUCCCGCUCCGUGUCCGACUCCAUCAAGAAGCUCAUCACCUCCAUCAGGGAUGGCGCCCCCGGGCAGAAGGAGUGCGACAAGGCCAUCGCCGUGCUAGACGACUGCCUCCGCGAGCUGGACCAGGCCGGCCUGGCGGCCGCCAGUCAGAGCCUCGCCCCGCGCGAGGGCGUCUCUGUUGAGGGCCUGCAGGAGCAGCUCAUCUCGACCGUGCAGCAGAUCAGCAACACCAUCGACCCCGUGGCCACGGUGGCGCGAGGGGAGGCCUCGCAGCUCGGGCACAAGGUGUCCCAGAUGGCGAGCUACUUUGACCCGUUGGUUUUCGCCGCGGUGGGCAUGGCCUCCAAGUCCUUGAGCCACCAGCAGCAGAUGAACCUCCUGGACCAGACGAAGACCCUGGCGGAGUCGGCGCUGCAGCUGCUCUAUGCAGCCAAGGAGGCUGGAGGGAACCCCAAGGCGUUGAAUGCCCACGAGGCGAUCCAGGAGGCGAGCCAGAUGAUGCGCGAGGCCGUGGACGACCUGACGGCCACGCUGAACGAGACGGCGAGCGAGCUGGGCAUGGUCAGCGGAAUGGUGGAUGCCAUCUCGCAGGCCAUCGGCAAGAUGGACGAGGGGACGCCCCCGGCGCCCGAGUACUCGUUUGUGGAUUACCAAACGACCAUGGUGAAGACGGCCAAGGCCAUUGCCGUCACGGCGCAGGAGAUGGUGAGCAAGUCCUCGAGCCGGCCAGAGGAUCUGGGAUCGCUGGCCAGCCAGCUCACCACGGAGUACGGGAACUUGGCGCAGCAGGGACGGCCGGCUGCAGCUUCCGCCGACAACGAGGAGGUCGGCCACCAGAUCAAGCACCGCGUGCAGGAUCUGGGCCACUCUUGCGUGCUGCUCGUGCAGAAGGCAGGCGCCUUGCAGUGCAGCCCCACAGACGGCUUCACCAAGCGAGACCUCAUCGACUGUGCUCGCAAAGUCUCCGAGAAGGUGUCGAUGGUGCUCGCGUCACUUCAGGCCGGGAAUCGCGGUACACAGGCCUGUAUCACGGCCGCCAGCACCGUGUCUGGAAUCGUGGCCGACCUCGACACCACCAUCAUGUUCGCCACCGCCGGCACACUGCACGCUGAAAACAACGAGUCCUUCGCCGACCACCGGGAGGGAAUCCUCAAGACAGCCAAAGCGCUGGUGGAGGACACGAAACUGUUGGUGGCGGGCGCCGGCGCCACGCAAGAGAAGCUGGCGCAGGCCGCACAGUCGUCGGUGGGGACCAUCACCCGCCUCGCCGACGUCGUGAAGCUGGGCGCCGCGAGCCUCGGCUCCGAGGACCCUGAGACCCAGGUGGUUCUCAUUAAUGCCGUCAAGGAUGUGGCCAAGGCCCUGGGAGACCUCAUCAGCGCGACAAAGUCCGCCGCCGGAAAACAACCGGACGACCCGGCCAUGCACAACCUGAAAGGAGCUGCCAAGAUCAUGGUGACGAACGUGACGUCGCUGCUGAAGACGGUGAAGGCCGUGGAGGACGAGGCCACCAAGGGCACACGCGCCCUAGAGGCAACCAUUGAGUGCAUCAAGCAGGAGGUCAUGAUGUUCGAGACGCGCGAGCCACCCCAGAAGACGGCGUCACCGGAGGACUUCAUCCGCAUGACGAAGGGCAUCACCCUUGCCACAGCCAAGGCGGUCGCUGCCGGAAACUCGUGCCGCCAGGAGGACGUCAUCGCCACCGCCAACCUGAGCCGCAAGGCCGUGUCCGAGAUGCUGGCCGCAUGCAAGCAAGCCGCGUUCCACCCAGAGGUGGCAAGCGACGUGCGAGCGCGAUCCCUGCGCUACGGCAAGGAGUGCGCCAACGGCUACCAGGCCCUGCUGGAGCACGUGCUGCUGGUUCUUCAAAAACCAACGGCUGACAACAAACACCAGCUGACCAACCUGUCGAAGCGGGUGGCCGGCUCCGUCUCCGAGCUCAUUCAGUCUGCCGAGGCCAUGAAAGGCUCGGAGUGGGUUGACCCCGAGGACCCCACGGUGAUUGCGGAGGCCGAGCUCCUGGGUGCUGCGGCCGCUAUCGAAGCUGCGGCCAAGAAACUGGAGCAGCUGAAGCCGAGGGCCAAGCCCAGGCAAGCUGACGAGAGCCUCAACUUUGAGGAGCAGAUCCUGGAGGCGGCCAAGGCCAUCGCAGCAGCCACGAGCGCCCUUGUCAAGUCCGCGUCGGCCGCGCAGCGGGAGCUGGUGGCGCAGGGAAAGGUCGGAGCGAGUCCUGCCAACGCGGUUGACGAUGGGCAAUGGUCCCAGGGACUUAUAUCAGCGGCCCGCAUGGUGGCAGCCGCCACGAGCAACCUGUGCGAGGCGGCCAACGCGGCGGUGCAGGGCCACGCCAGCGAGGAGAAGCUCAUCUCGUCCGCCAAGCAGGUGGCAGCCUCUACUGCCCAGCUGCUCGUGGCCUGCAAAGUGAAGGCUGCCCCCGACUCGGAGGCCAUGCGACGGCUGCAGGGUGCGGGAAACGCGGUGAAGAGGGCAUCGGAGAACCUCGUGAAGGCGGCACAAAAAGCCGCUGCGUUCGACCAGGAGGAGGAGAACGUCGUCGUCAAGGAGAAGUUCGUGGGCGGCAUCGCGCAGAUCAUAGCGGCGCAGGAGGAGAUGCUGCGGAAGGAGCGCGAGCUGGAUGAGGCGCGGCGCAAGCUGGCGCAGAUCCGGCAGCAGCAGUACAAGUUCCUGCCCACGGAGCUGCGGGAGGACCCGCAGUAGCGCUCGGAGUGACGGAAACCGCCGGGGUUCCACCACAAACCGCCCGCUCGCCCACUUGCAAUUGCAGGAAGACCAUGAGAAUUGUUAACAAUAAAACACGUAUAUAAUAUAUAUCGAUACUCGGCACUGCCUCCGCCAAAUAACCGUCCGUUGGCCCACAGGGCCUGCCCAGCCGCCCCAUUGCUGCCUUCUAUGUUGUUACCACCCUGUUGUCCUCGUGACCAAUUAGCCGAGGUUGGCCCCUGUGUUUAGUGCAGCCUGCAUUCCGGUAGCCUCCUAGAUAAUGUUUCUUGAAUACAAUCACGUAGUCUUAUGGGGAUUUUCAUUCCUUGUUGUUCAAAUGCCUCGUGUCAUUUCUUGAUUCUUGACGGAGCGGUUCGGCACCAAGGCCCCCAGCUUUGUUCCACCACUCGUACCGCACGUUGCCCCGGUCAUGGUACAUUCUGCCCCGGUGUGGCCGAUAUGCCGAGGGAUGACCCUGGGCCUCUAGCCCUGUCCUCAACCACCAACCCCACCCUGCCAUGAGUUUUAAGUGCACGUAAUAAAAUAUAAUUUUGAACAAUAAUCAUUCAUUGCACAUAUUAAUCUUCAAUAAAACAAAAAUAAUGUACAGGUUUAUUAUUCUUGAUUGUUUUUAAUACUUUGUAUCCUUUAAAAAAAAAGUUGACAGUUACCAAAAACAUGGAUUAUGAUGUUAUUUUUCGCUUCAUUUUCUUUUUAUACAAUCCUGACAAUUACAAAGUGUGUGUGUGGGUCACUAGGUAAUUGUUUUCUAAUCUUUAGCUUUAGUUCGCAAUCGGCGCGCGGCUUGUUUGACGUGGUUUAUCAGGGAAGCAUGUUCGUUCGCACGGACAGUGCUUUGGGAUGUGACAUAUCAGUGUAUGUGAGGGUGCGGGUGUUGCAUUUCAAUAGAAUAGAGCGUUAAUGGUGGGAGGUGGUCCAUUAGCCAAAGCCAGAAUGUGGCUUUUUGAAAAAAAAUAUAUGAACGAUCUCACAUUAAUAUAUUUUUCGGGGGUUUAAAGACUGGUAACAGCUAACAUUUUGUUUGUUUCACGGUAAUUGUACUCGCAAGGAAAGAUAAUCGCAACUUUAAAAGACGAAACCUCUUUAAUGUGAAUCAGUUCGACGUCAGCCCAGCGGUACUUUCAGUUGAUCCUGCUGGUGAGAGGUGCCCAUAGCGCGAUGGGGACGCCCCGUCAUGGACUCGACGGCCUUGGGUGAGCUGCUUCCGCAGCCGCGGCUGUUUUGGUUUCACAACGUGGGGGCCGUCUUCAGUACCGAGUGCGGUCACGUGUUAUAUUGAUGUUAAGGAACAAGCAUGAUUGUCUUGGCUGAGAUGUUAAGUCGUCGCGAGUUCGUUGCUACUUGAGAUUUCGUUUUUGCCGUUGUCGCCAUUACUGUCCAAUCCCAGCAGCGCACGGUGAUUUAACUGGGAGGUUUGCAGGCCCCUCCCGUGAGCUCAUCCUCGUUCGGAAGAGGUGUAGCAGCUUUUGGCUCUUGAAUAAGGUGGCUUAGGGGAUUGCGCUUAAACGAAACAACAGAAACCUAAACGUCUGUCCCCCUUCCUCGCUAUUUGCAACGCGGCUUUAAACCUUCCUUGCGUUUACCGGUCUACUUCUCCGCAAGUGCGUCAGAAGAUGCACGUGGCGUGUUGAUUGGUGGACAGAGGUUGAAGCGUGCAGGACGUGGCUGGGUCAAGUGAGAUGUGGCUGGGUGUAGUGGGGUGUAGCUAGGGGGGAGACGCAUGGCGUCUGGCCGUUAAUGGGCCCUGGGUUUUGCCACAAAGGCCAAAUCCGCUGGAGUUUACCAAGGUCCAUAUGAGGAGACAUUUGACUGCGGCUGGACCCGCCAUGCAUACGCACAGACACCCUUUGUACGAAUACGUAAACCUUUUUUUGGAAAUUCACUGCUGGAUGAUGGGUCCUCCACAUGCCAUGCGAGUUGUGUGGAUUAUUUGACCAUAACCUCACCACGAUGGUUAGUGUGGGGUUGACGGUCGGGAGCAUAGAUGUACAGUGCAACUAUGCAUCGUGUGGCACUGCUCUGUUGCACACCACGUCGCCCGCAGCCUCUAACAAACCCAUCGCUGCUGAGUGGUCACCCGUCCAAGCACUGUUUAAGGCUCUACCUAGAGCAUGAGAUGCACGUUAAGUAAGUGGACAAGUUGUAUGAUGAGUAGAUAUGUGUCUGUGUGUGUGUAAAAUAGCCAUGGUCUCAGUUUGCAAGAGGUCACCCCAUAUGCACGGGGGCCAGAUGAGACGGAGUGGAAUUCUCUUGAGAUGCCACUGAUGGAAUAAUUAGUUAUCCCAAGUUGGAAAUUUCCAAUCUAAUGAAGAGCCGAGUCGAGGGUAACUUUUAAAACAAGGCCAUUAUUUUAGAUAACGUCAAUCGAUUUCAAAGCUGCCAUUGUAGGUGGAAUCCAGUAAGAAUUUGACCGCUCAAGACAUCGUUUCAGUUUUGUUGAUGGUCUGCAUGAUUUCAUCAAAUCCAUCACGGCCUCCUGUUGUUGCAGGUAUUUGGAAUGGGUUUGGGCUUAGGCUGUUUUUGCUUUGCUGUGCGAUGCUCUGUUGCUGGAUUUUGUUUUAGGAGCGAUAUCGCUCCGCCUCCCGUCUAGGAACAAACGACUUAGCGCGGUUUCCUCGCAUUGUUAGCGGCGCGCUCAAUAUGGAACAAAAGUGCCUUGUGUUAAGCAUAUCAGCACUUGUGUAUCAUCCGUGGGUAGUGUCGGUGACGGCUUUCAUAAGACGCACACCGCGGCUUCUUGGCUUUUAAACGACAUGGUUUUUGUGUAUCAUUCAGAGAAAACGUAUCUCGAUGUGCUUGCUAAGGGAAGUCGGUCAAAUGUGUUUUCUGCUCCCUGUCCGUAAUGCCCAAUAAAUUUAACCAUUCGCCUAACUUAACAUCACGGCUAAAUUGCACAGUGUGCCGCAGUGCUCAAGCAUGGUUUUUUUUCCUGCCAUUUUUUUACAACAAAAUCUUCUCUUUAUAAUAAAGCUAUCCAUUAA